GUGCUCAAUGUCGACGAUGGUCGACGAGGACGAGCAGGAGGAGCUCCGUUGCACGGGCAGCGACGUGGAGAUCGAAGAGUACACCGACACCGACGAGUCGCCAUAUGUGGCUUAUCAGGCCACCGAUAAGCUGUUCGACACGGACAGGGUCGCCUGGCAAAAAUUCAGUUUCCUCGCGACCCUCUUCGCCCUCGUCAUCUCCAUCACCUCGCUCGUUAUCACCUAUCCCCUUUAUCUCGAGAGCGUCAGCAACGUGUCCAACGCUUAUACAGCUCUUCUGUUCACUGCCUUUUCAUCGUCGUUAAUCCUGGGCGUCUCGUGCUUCGUCACGGGCAAAGUGUCACCCCCGCCGGCUCUGAUUCCCAACAGCAUGCGAGUGAAGGUGCCCAGGUGCGCCCUGCUCAAGAUCAGCUCUGUGUACGCUCUCUCGGCCAUAGUGAUGACUCUGUGCCUGGACCGUGACCGAGUACUGUGCCACCUCCAGGACCCCAUCAAGGGAAUCACGCUGGUGUUCUCCUUGGUGUACUACUUCUUCUUCUGUCGCAAGAUGAUGAGCUUGCAGAGGAUCUUCUCGAGCACCACGAUAAUAGUGGGACUGUUCAUAAGCGUGGAUUACGGCCUUUGCGACGAGUUCCGGUGCAGGGGCAGGGACGUGUCCGUCCAUGCGACUACCAUCAAGGGCUCCUGGGGCGUGAAGGCCAUUUGGACGUUCGUUUACGUAGGAGCCCUCGCCGCUUUCGCCAUGUUCUUCACUCUGCUCGAGGGCCAUUACACCACCGAGCAACAAAAUAUGUGUCAGAUAAUGGCUAGCCAACAGAGCUCCUUCUUGUACACGGUCUCGAGGCUGGUAUCGUCGCGAGAUAUCCGAAGACGAGGUUCCGAGGAAGAGGGAGGUAGAUUACUUCAUGUGACAGACCCGGACCCAACCGUGAAACCGAAACAAAUACCUAAGCCACCGAUUCUAGAGACACUCUUCUACAUUCACCUAAUCGCAUUCUUCGCUAUUCUAUCCAUGACUUGGAUAGACACUUUGCCAGGAAUAGGCAGGGGGUUCAGCCCUGUGGAGCUGUACCGCAGCAUCGAGCACGGAUUGACGUGCCACUUCAAGAACAGCGAGGAUUGUUUGAACAUUUCUACCCACAGCUGGAUCUUCUUGAUCUCAUACACGAUCUUCUCAAUUUCUGCAGUGAACUUCCUUUCAAUGUCCGAGAGUGCAGUGUUCACUGUCGCCACUGCUACUGUAUCUUUACCCCUUUCUGGUAUCUGGUGGAGCAUUUAUAAAAUGGAUGCCCAUGGGGGUUUCAUCGCCUGGUCUCCUGGAGUAACAGGAGAAUUAAUCUGCGCUCUGUUAGGUUUACCAGUUGUCCUCCUAGGCUUGGGUCUCCUGGUUAGAUCGCACUUCCGGGAUACUCAACCUUGCUACUUGACCAUGCAACCACCUGACGUACAAUGCGACCCUUCCCAGAGAUGAAUUCCUUUUUUGAAGACCACAAAUCGGUUCUCGUAAUUGAAAGGAGAACCAGCAUUUGUAUUUUGUUUAAAUAAUAUAUCUACAAUUCACUCUCUGGAGGUUGUAAAACGAGAGGAACACGAGAAGAACCAGCAGACAUAUUGUCUUUUAUUUAAGAUUUAAAAUCCUCUGAAGGGAAAUCUUCUAUCCACAGUUGUGAGACGAGAAGAACAUGAAGAGAACCAGAAGAAAUUUGCUUCUCGUUAAAGAAAUAGAACAUCUUUGGAUUCUGAGGCGACAUUUUUUAUGCACAAUUGUGAUACGAGAAGAACUUCAAGAAAACCAGGAAGAAUUAAUUUUUCGUUUAAAAAAAUAGAAUUAUCUCUUCUGAAGGAAUAUCUUCUAUGCACAAUUGUUGAGAGCACAACAUGAAGAGAGCCAGCAGAUACACUGUUUCUUAUUUGAGAUUCUGAGUCCUUAAAAUAUGAAAGAAAAUUUUCUAUUUACAGUUGUGGUACGAGAAAACCAUGAAGAGACCCAACGAACAAAUUGUAUCUUAUUUAAGAUUUUUAACUCUCUGGAAUCUGAAGAAAAAUUUUCUAUCUACAGUUGUGAUACCAGAGAACCAUGAAAAAAACCAUAAAGAAUUUUCUAUGCACAAUUGUGAUAUGAAAUAAUAAUGAAGAGAACCAAUAAAUAAAUUGCUUCUUAUUUAAGAUUUUUAACAGUCUGGAAUCUGAAGGAAAAUUUUCUAUCCACAGUUGUGAUACGAGAAAACAUGAAAUUGUUUAUUUAAGAUUCUAACUGAAAUCUGAAGCAUUUUGUAUACACAGUUGUGAUACAGGAAAUCCAAAAAGAGACCCAAGAAAGAUUUUCAUCCGAUUUACAAAAUACAGUUCCCUGUUUGGAUGCUGGAUAGCUUGAAACGAGAAGUCUACUAUCGAUUAUCUCGUGGACAGAGAAUAGAGAAAAAUGACAAAAAGCCAGAGAGCAAGAAAGAAAGAGAUAGAGAUAGAGAGAGAGAGAAAUAGGGGUAGAGGAGAAGGAAGGAGAGAAGCGAUCAAUGUUUCCUAUGCAAUUUGCCAGCGUGAACAUCCGUCUAGCCACGCGACGACGACGUUAUUGCCGAUUUAUAUUUUAUUUUGAUAACGAGAAUGUUUCAUAUUUCCAACAGAGAGCAGCUUGUUAAUGAAAACGAGAAGAGAGAAGAGAAACAAAUCCGUACAACGUGUAUCAGUGUGUGUGUGUGUGUGUGU